CUGCAACGGAAGCACACAGGAAAUUCUUGCUAAAACAAUGAAUAUGUAAAAAUUGCCAAAGAGGUGAGGUUACCUUUAAGUGUUUCUUUUGCUCUCCUUUUACUCUACACUGAAAGAAAAGUUGCUGUGUUUAACAAAUCAUAUUCUGUUCAACGCAUGAAGACCAUGGUCAGAAGAAUAAAAAGUAUAUCCGAACUGGAAGACUCUGGAUUUGGUCAGCCUUGGCCCAGACAUGGACUCAAACUCUUGUUCUGGUUUGCUGAUUACUGUAUUUGUUUUUGUAAUGAUGACAUGUUCCUCCAGUGUGACCCAACGAAGGGAGAUUUUGGAUUUCACAUUUUUGAGAACAGAAGUAACAAACAUAAAGUGAAACUUCUCCCGGAAUUGAAUUUUCCCUACUAUGUGGUCGGCAAUCUGAAUUAUCCAGGAGCUGAAAUGCUUCCCGACUAUGUUCUUGAAGACUACACUUACUGCAGAGAGGACAACAGUAAUGCAGACCGCAUCAUUGUCAGUGUUCAUGAAGAGAACAGCUUUGGGAAAGUUUAUGUGACCACACACAAUGAUUUGUCAAAUUAUGACCCACAUGCCACAUUCCACAUUACCAGGACCCUCCUCAAGACCAUCAAAUCAUACCUGAAUAUAGACGACUUUCUGAGGGACACUGGGUAUCAUCCACAGUACCAAGCUGAGACAUCUAAUCAGCUAGUUUCUCCUGCACCUCUGUGGUAUUACAGCCCAGAGGGUCUUCAGUGGGACACAAUAUAUCAGUACCAAGUUGAGACAUCUAAUCAGCCAGUUUCUCCUUCACCUUUGAGAUAUAAUGACCCAGACUGUCAUAUUGACAUGGAAUCACCCCCUGUUUCAAACAGCAAUAUAGACAUAUGGAUAGAAGAUGACACACCAACACAAAACCACCCUGAGAACAUACCCAGGAAGAAAGGAUUGUUGGAACGUUUCUGUACCAUACUUUAAGAACUCCUAGUGUCUCUUCUAAAACAUCACCAUAGGCACGCUACCCACUAGCUGUUCCAAAAUGUAAAUGUAAAUAUGUAAUCAAGGUAACAUAAUAUAUAUCCUGCCCAAGAAGGCAAUCUCAGAAUUCAUUGUGAUAAACUCGGUAAAAACAAAAAUUCCAAGAUGGCGGAUGAAGCAUGACAUUUUAAUUAUAAAUCGUAUAAUCCAUUCAGUACUUAAAAGUAUCAAUGAAAAUAGUUUUAAAAUAAUGUAAAACUAACUAUUUCACUCAAAAUGUGUGUAUGCAUAUUUACGCUCAUUAGUAUCACAUCAUUCCUCUCACUUAGGGAGCUUAUUUUCUGCCAGUUUUAACCUCUUAAGACCCAAGCGUGACUGCUGUGUGCAUUUUCCAUUCCCCUUAUGAUUUGUAACUAUUAGCCCCUAAGAAACUUCUUUUUUUUUUUUGCAUGAUUUUUUUGCAGUUUCUCCCAAAGACAAACUCAGCUGAGAUCGGCACCAUGUUGUUUUGUCACAUGACUCCAAGGUUUAACCCUUUAAUGACAGCCCAGAUUCUUCUGAACUGAGAUCAGUCGCUUUAAAUGAAAUGAAAUGAUGCAUAGCCUAUAGCGAAGCAAAAUCUAAUUUUCUUAAAGGGGUCAUGAAAUCAAAUCAAAUUUUCCUUGAUAUUUAGACAUAUAAGAGGUAACUGUACUAUAAAAACAUACUGUAAAUUUCAGAACUCAAAACUUCCUCCCCAGUCUAAAAAGAGCAUUUAUAGUUGCCACCCUGCUGAAACGUCUCAUCAUGACGUCACGACACAUUGACGUCAUGCAUUAUCGCACCCUUGGCCCCGCCCACUGGCGCGCAGUUCAAGUCAAGAGAGGAGGCCUUCCAUGGCUAACUAUUCCUAAGGGGACCCAUCUGGACUAUUUUGAAUUAUUUUGUAUAUGAACAUGAACUACACAGACUCUUUGACCGUUGUCAUGUAUCUCGCCGUUUUUAAAAGACGCGGUGUCAAGUUACAACUCUGAAAGGGAGAAGCAAUUCUGUUUCAUUCAGCUGCUGCCUCAUGUUGUUUUGAAUGUGUUCUUUCACCCAUCUGCACUAUUUUUAAUUGUUGGUGUAUGUAAACAUAGGACGUCUUUGACGAUGGAAGAUGGAGGUCUUUGACAGUUUCGGUGUGUUUCCGGUGAUGUGCACCAUCAGUAUGUGUGUGCGUAAUUUCACCGUUCUUUGGAGUAUGAUGUGUUCAGGUUUUUUUUCGGCUCAUGUCAUCGUCGAUUGUUUGUGAACAAGUCAUAAUAUGAUUCAAGCUUUGCAAAGGAACUGUUAUUGAAGGAUGGGGCAUUCAUGAAUAUUUAAAAUGUCAUGACUGUUUGAUAGUUUAUGGUGUUGAGUGUUAACAGUUGUGCUUGAGAUGAACAGUUUAAUAUAUUCAGAUGCAGUGUGUUGGAUGUGCGUUAUGUGUAAACACUGCAAUUUUGUUUUAUAAUGUUGAGGUUCAUUCUCUUACGAUUGAGUUUGUUGAAUUUGAGGGGCUGCAUGAUGUUAGCCAAUCAGAGCAGUGACCGUUUACAUUGAAGUUUUAAGGAGGCGCUUAGGCCAAAACUGAGCGUUUCAGACAGAGGGCCAAAAACAGGGUGGAAAAUUAUCAUAUAUUACUAAAUUGUGACCGUUUUGGUGCAAAAAACUUUUAUAACAUUCUCAUUGGACCUCGGGUAAGAUAAAACAAAAAUAUUUUAAAAAAGAAAUCCAUGACCCCUUUAAUUUUAUAGGUGCUGUAAACGAUUUUAGCCAUUCUGGAACUUCCAUGUUUAAUUAGUCACCCAAUUAGCCCCCUCUUUCUACAACUCUACACUCCAAAAAAACAUGCACACACACACACACACACACACUAAAGGUCAUUGUGUUGGAGACCGGAGGGAGGGCGAUGGGUCCCCCCUCACCGACACGGUAUAAGCACUUAUACAAGCAUAUAUACGCUGCCCUGUGAAUGCAAACAAUGGUUGACAGGCAGAAAGUCUUCUGAUUGCCAAAACAAACAAUCUGACCACGGCCAAUGUAUGGACAUAUUUUGUAACUAGCCAGGCAGUGGUGGAUUUAGGCAUGGGCGACAUGGGCAGUUGCCCAGGGCAGCAUCUUGUGGGGGAGCGGCAAGAGGCACGAGGGGGCGUCCCACAAGGUCAACAACUUUGGGAGCAUUCUCAUUUACAAUCAUCAACCCCCACACGGGAGCGUCUUAAAGCGGGUUUCGCCCAGGGCGCCAUACAAGCAAGAAUCGCUACUGUAGCCAGGUGUGAUAUUUCAUGGCACUUACAAAUCACUUACAGCACCUUUAAUGCAAUAUUAGUGACAUAGUUCAAAUUAAAAUGCAAAGUUCACAUACUUUGCAGAUUCUUUGUAAAAAUGGAAUGGUUCAUGGGGUUUUCAUUAUCAUUAUUAUCAUUGUAUUUACUUUUUGGCAGAAAAUAAGCUCCAUACUUGCGUCACCUGUAUUGAAAUCUAUUGCAAGUCGAGUAUCCUGUGCGCUGUGCAUGCAGAGUUCUAUUUGAAUGGCGCGCAAAGUGGCUGCCCAUGAAGUGCGUUCCAAAUCGGUCUCUUAAGAGGCUACAUUUCAGUUAGGAUGCCUAUGUGACAGGAGGCAUUGAUGCAGCUCACUAAGUUUUGGAAUGGAUCCAUAGGUCUUGGCAAGGGCAGUAAAAAAGUACAGAGAAUUCAAGCAGAUGUUUUGUGAAUUGUUAACAGUUUACACAUUAUAUGAUUUGCAGUUUGAUUUACAGAGUAGCUCUACUAUGUAGCCUUAAUAGUGGCCCUAUUUAUGUCUUAAAAAUAUUAACUUCACUACUAUCUUUGUACUUAAUCAUUCUAAAAAGCAGACAUGCUACACACCAGUCUCCAAUUAUUAUGAAAUGUGAAGCUAUUUCUGGUCUAUUUUUGUGUAAAAUAAUGUGAGCUUUGAAUGCUAUUUGAAUAAAUAAUUUUUUU